AUGAAACAAACGUUAUUUAAGAGGAAUGGAGGUUUGUUGUUGAAACAACAAAUCUCUUUGAAUAACGAAAGUGUUGUGCAAACAAAAGUCUUCAAGGCAGAAGAGUUGGAGAAGGCAACAGACAAUUUUAAUGAAAAUCGAGUCUUAGGCAAAGGAGGAUUUGGAACAGUUUAUAAAGGGAUGUUAUUAGAUGGAAGCAUAGUGGUUGUUAAGAAGUCUAACAUAGUUGAUGAAAAUCAAAUUGGUCAGUUCAUCAAUGAAGUUAUUAUCCUUUCUCAAAUAAUUCAAAGGAAUAUAAUAAAAUUGUUAGGUUGCUGCUUAGAGACUGAAGUUCCACUACCAGUAUAUGAAUACGUCUCGAAUGGCACCUUGUCUGACCAACUUCAAUUUCAGGGUUAUACUCCGACAAUGUCCUGGAAUACUCGAUUGAGAAUUGUAGGAGAAAUUACGGAAUCACUUGGCUAUAUGCACUUAUAUGCUUCUAAAUCUAUCUUUCACAGGGACAUCAAGUCCAACAACAUAUUGCUCGACGAAAAUUACAGAGCAGUAGUGUCUGAUUUUGGACUUUCAAGUUCAAUACCCCUAAACAAGACUCAUUUGACAACAUUGGUGGGAGGCACAUUUGGUUACUUGGAUCCUGAGUACUUUCAAUUAGGACAACUCACUAAUAAAAGUGAUGUUUAUGCCUUUGGGGUUGUUCUUGCUGAAUUGUUAACUGGGAAAGAAGUUCUCUCCUUUGAUAGAUUUGAUGAAUGCCUUGUACUUAAUUUUUGA